UGUGAGUUCCUGCAUGGCAGGGGUUGGACUAAAUGGCCCUUGUGGUCUCUUCCAACUCUGUGAUUCUAUCUUUUCCAACUCUAUGAUACAAUAACAUCUUAAAUCCACAAAACUGACAUGGAGAUAUAUCUAGGGUUAGCCAUGUUGGCCAUGUAGCAAAGUUCAGUACAGUAACAUCCCAAAUCCACAAAACGGAUCAGAAAACAUAUUCAGGAGUAGUUGUGCUGCCCAUACAGCGAAUCAUAGAAUCAUAGAGUUGGAAGAGACUACAAGGGCCAUCCAGUCCAACCCCCUGCCAUGCAGGAACUUUCAGUAAUGUCCCGAAUCCAGAAAACAGACCAGGGCUAGCCAUUUUGACCAUGCAUCAAGUACAACAACAGAAAAAAUACACAAAACAAUGAUACUUUUAUUGGGCCAACCAAAAUGCACAAAAUACAUGACCUAAAGGUAAGGAGAAGCAACAACCUAAGUGGGAGGGAGGGAAGAUACACAUAAACACAACAGGGUGAAAGUUGCUGGCCUCACAAAAGCUGGGGUCUUUAGGUGGCAGGUGGGAGUCCCUUAGAAAAGGGCAGGCUUAAAAUAGCAUUCUGACUGAGUAGCAUAUUCUUAGCCCCAGGAAGAUUGAAGGGGUGGCGGUUUUUGUUUUUAAUUUCCGGAAUGCUUACUUCAUGGCUCAGAUGCUUCAUACUCACCGUAAACCAAGAUACUUUGACAAUCAGGAUGUAUCAGCAACUGAACCGUACUCUAAAAGAAUGAAAUCAACUGAAGAGACAUUUGGUAAAUCCUAUGAAGAAUUGCAAAUACUUCAUGAGGAAAUACAUAUUAAAAAAACCCAUAGUGGAUUUAUUCCAUUGUCCCUAUCUGAUGAUGAGGCACAAGAAGAAAAAGAAACUACAGACAUCUCAUUUAACAAGGCGUUCUUUGGUAACAAAACAGUGUCAUCACACUCUUCAGAUUCAGUAAAGAAUACCAAAGUUAGAGGGAGUAAAUGCAUUCUUUCUACUAACAAUGCCAGUGUAGUUCAUAACGGAGAAAACAAUGGUGUAAAACAUAAGAAUGAAGGAGAGACUGGACUAUAUAGCACAAGUACAGCAUUUAUUGGACCCAUUUAUAAAAGUGAAGCUGAUCACCGACAUGAUAAAAGGAAAACAUAUACCAAUAGCAACUGCCCAAAAGUGUCAGGCAGAAUGACUCACGGACAUCCUAAGAAAGAAAUGACAUCAAAAGAUGCUCCCUUCUGUGAUGUACCAAAAAUAGAAGAUGAGUUGUCCCAGUUCUAUAGUGAAAUUAAUCAGCUUGAAAACAAUGAACAUUGUUUAGAUGUUCAUUUACAGGCGACAGAAACCAACUUAAAUGUGCAGUCAAUGGAAUACAAUAAACCUAUUCAAGUUGUCAGUGUAGACUCUCGAGAAUGGUCCUGUAAGACAUCAACAAAUUGGGGUGAUGGUCAGUGUUUUUAUAAAGAAUCAACUGGUCAUGGAACAGGCAGUGAACCAUAUACACACAAUAACCCCACUCAUAGCAGAAUUGGCAGUGAGCAGUGUUGUAAUAAUGAAAGAGGUGUAUGGGAAGCGCAACGAUUAUGUAAUAAGCAAGAAGGUUCUAGGUUCUGGAAUGAUCCCACGCCUCAGUUUAAGCCUACUUGGCAACAGACACAUCCAUUUAUAAUACCUUAUGGCCCUCCACCUCCUCAGUUGACCACUCAGUUCAGUUUGCAGGAUACCAAUUCUUCACCAUUUCAAUCGCACGUUUUCCAUUCAUCAAAUGUGGGACCAUAUAAAAAUGCUCAUAUUAGCAUGAGCAGCUCAACAUCAGAUCAAAGUAAUGCAUUUGUGAGUCAUUUUGGUACUCAUAAUAUGCAGACAAGCAGAAAUGGACAUAAUGUGCCUGAUGGACAUGCUGUUAAUGGUUUCUGUGAAACCCAAGGAGGUUGGAAAGAUGUUAAAACAUGCCAAAAUGAAGAAUCCAACAUUGUUUCUCAGCAGUUUUCUGAGAAUAAAUUAUGUGAAUCACAAAAGACACUCCUAAUUUUAAGAGGUCUUCCAGGCUCAGGGAAGACAACGCUGUCUCAUAUUCUUCUUGAUCACAGUCGGGAUGGUAUUGUAUUCAGCACUGAUGAUUAUUUCCGUCAGAACAAUGGAUACUGGUCAUAUAAUAUUGGGCUCCUUGGUGCUGCUCAUGACUGGAACCAGAAGAGAGCAAAACAAGCAAUGGACCAAGGAAGAUCCCCAAUUAUAAUAGACAACACAAAUACACAAGCCUGGGAAAUGAAGCCUUAUGUGGAAGCGGCUCUAGAAAAAGGCUACCAAGUGGAGUUCUGUGAACCAGACACAUGGUGGAAGUUCAACCCUGAAGAAUUAGAAAAGAGGAAUGAGCAUGGGGUCAGUCGUGAGAAGAUUGUUCAAAUGUUGGAAAGAUAUGAAUAUCAAAUGUCAAUACCCAUUGUCAUGAAUUCAGUGUUGCCUUUUCACAAAACUUCACAAAGGCCACCUCCACAAAGAAGACAGAGGGAAUUGGUUGUAAAGAAGAAGCACAGGUUGGAAAAGAUGAAACAGAGGAAGAAACGAAAGAGGAACAGAAAAAUUAGAGAUGCUGCUAUAAAAGCAAUGAGGAACAAGUCAAGUAGCCAAUUAACUUCAAGUGAUGAGGACUCGUCCCAGAGUGGACAUAAAGAUUCAGAAGACAGUGGAAAACCAGCAUUUGUGACUGGGCAUCCAAAUGAGCCUAAAGAGGGUGGUGAGGAUGGCUCAGCCAAUGACAAUGAUGUAAAACUUUCUAAGAUGAAAAAAGGAAACUUUCCUCUUUCCCGUGUGGUAGGUCCAGUGACUUUAAGCAGUUCACCAGAACCAGAAGUUCUUGCAGGAAAUAGCAGUUUGUCUGUUCCACAUGAAAACAUAAUUAAACAAUCUUUUGAUGAUCAUUUGUUAAACACAACCCAAAGUUUAAACUUCAUAGAAAGCAGUAGAAAUAUACUGGGAUACAGCAACCAAAACUCUUCUCUAAAAUUGGACCACAGUGAUACAGAUAAUAGUACUAUCUUGACCAAUAUAGAAGACAAAGAUACAUCUACGAAAGUUGUUGAAUUGAGUCUAGAAAAUAAACAGUUAAAUGACACUGAGGAAGCAACCAUUCUUCACCAACGUGGGGCAUCACAGAUGAAUGAGACAAAUACUUGGGCUUUCUUUUGUUUUCACUCAGUUGACAAAAACCCAUAUGCGAACUCUGACAAACAUGAAUUUUGUUUGACUUGGCCAGAGGAUACAUCUAAUAUCAAAUACGAUCAAAGACCAAAGAAAGUGAGGAAGUCUAAGCAGUUUUUAUCAGAAACCAGAGCAGUGUUACUUGAUCGUGAAUCUAGUAAAGAAUUCAUGAAAAAAGAAAAUGGUAAAGUGUUACAUGAAAAUAACAAUAUGACAGGUGGCGCUGUACCAUCACUGCUACACAAGGACGCACAAGAGAUGCCGUGUACCAUAAUAGAUUAUUUUCCUUCUGAAUCUGGAACUAAAGCCAGUGUUCCAAGUGACAUAAACCUAUUAACUACACCAAAGAAAAAUGGAAGAAGCAAAAGGAUCUUCAAGUUGGCCCCAAAGUUUGAUUUACCCAGGCAGAUUCCUGUUAGAACGGAUGAGAGAAUGCUAAAGGAGGUAGAGGAACUGACAAAAAAAAUUUCAAAUGAAGAGACUGGAGAAAAGAACAAAGGAAGUCCAGGCUGCCAGGAAUGCCCAACACCUUCUGAUGUUAUAGUAGAAUGUCCUCAUCCUAAUGUAGAAUAUCUUAUUUGUAAAGGUUCCAAUGAACUUGCAGAGCAAUCUACAGGCUCUGCAGGAAAUGUAGUUGCAGCUCCAAUUCAGAUGUGCCCUUCUGUUUCUUAUGAAGCUUUAUUGCCUUGUGGGAAACAGAUUGUGGGUGCUAACACUGAAGACAAGGAUGACAAAGCACUACCAGAGGUUUAUACCACUCAGCCAGAUAUUUUGUGUUCAGUUAAAGAACCUCCUGAAUGCCUUACAGGAUCAUCUGCUGAAAACUCAGAAAAUAUACAGCGACUUGAUGAAACUGGUCUAACAGUAUAUUCCCAAAUCAGAGAUGAUCAAGAUACAUCAAGUAGUGAACCCAGUUUUUUGGGGCUUCCUUUAUCACUAAGAUUUGCAGCUCAACUAGUAGAACAUUUUGGCUCUCCAGGAGUUUCAUUGGACACCUUAUUACCAGAUGAUUAUGUAGUUCCCCUUGAAUGGGCAACCUCAAAACAGAUCUAUUUACAGUGGAAGACAUCUAUGGAGAAAAAAAAGAAAAAUAAUAUAUUAAAAGAAGGUUCCAUGACUGAGUAUGCAGUGGAUCUAGAAGACUCAAAUAAAAAUGAAGAAGAAAGAAAGAAAGAAAUCUCCUGAAAGAAAUCUAAAAAGUUAAUUGGAAGAAACAUCAUUGUUUUGACAAAUUCUUUGUAGAUACCUAAUUCAAGCAGCAGUGGUGUUCUCUUCUGAAUGUUUCUCUAAAAAUAAAUAUCAACACAUUGUGCAUAAAGAAUUGGGUCACUUUUUCUUCAUCAUGGAUGAACUCCAAUAAACAUUCUGCUAUAUUAACUAUAAAUGAUGAGGAGAAACACAAAUAUAGGUUGAUGAUCCAUUACCUAGUCAUGCUUUCCAUCCAUGUAGCCUCUGAACUUUGUUCUGAAAUAAAAUGAAACAUUGAAUACUG